AUGCUGUCCUGCCGACCGACCCGCCUGCUCUCGCGCGCUCGCAGCAGCCACAGCAGCCUCGCCUGCUGCCGUCCUCGCCCGGGCCGCCUUCUUUCCACGGCCGCCAAGCCCGCCACGCCGACGCUUUCCGCGCCGACGCCGACGCCGCCGGCCGCCGGCUUCAGCUAUGUCGGCUUUGCCAAGGCGUACCCCUUCGCCAACAACGUGCUGAUCGCGACCUGCAAGACGUCGGCGGCGGACCUGGUGGCCCAGUGCGCCAUCGAGCGGAAGCCCCUCUCCGAGGUCGACUGGAGAAGGAACAUGGUGUUUUGCCUCUUUGGCGCCGUAUAUCUCGGCGCCUUUCAGUACUGGUACCAGGUCAACAUCUUCAAGCGCCUCUUCUCCAACGCCGAGCGCUUUUGCAACCUCUCCCUGGUGGCCAAGCUGACCGACCGGCCCGGCUUGCUCGGCCUCGCCGGCCAGACCGCCAUCGACCUCUCGGUGCUCAGCUGCGUCUACCUGCCGACGUUUUACGUGCCGAUGUGGCUGCGGCUGCCGGUGAGGCUCGGGCGUGCUAGAUGCAGUCCUAGAUGCAGUCCUAGAUGCAGUCCUGGGCACGUGGUCUCUUUCGUGUGGACGGCAUACCUCUCCUUUGUGCGCGGCUCCAAGUAG